GAUCUCAAUUCUCAUUUCUCACUUUUGUUGAUACUUGAUAUUUACAAUACACUUUUUUUGCAAUGUUGAUUUUUAAACGAUUCAUUAUAAAAGAUUUAUUAUUUUAGUCAUUUCUAUUUCAUAAAACAUAGAAUCUAUUUAGCUUUGUAUCGUACCUAGCGAAUAUUAAAAUAAGUGGUGUGUACUGUGUACUGUGUAUGCUGAAAUCCAUGUACAAAAUUACCUAAUUUUCGAAAAUGAUUGAAACCUGCUCAAAACGAUGUAUGUUAUUAGGCACUAUAUUAAUGGGAGUAUUGACAAUUGUGGUUUUAAUAUUAGAAUCACAUCUUGCUGAUACUCUAUCUGGUAGCCAAAGAAGGAAUAAAACAUUUCCCACUGAGAAUAACUCGACUUGUUGGAUACACCAACCUUAUACAGUAAUAAGUGAAUGUCAUCCUUGCUCAGAUUUUGAAAUUCGAAGUAAGAGUAUUGGAGUAUGCAUUCAUACAAGUUUUAAAGAAAUAUUGAAAUGUCAAAAUGGUGAAACAGUAACAAGAAGCUGUGAUAGAGUGGCAUAUUUAGAAGAGAGGGCUUAUUGGAAAUUUACAAUUUGGUCUUUUAUAAUAGGCCUAGUUUCAUCUCUCGCUGUGAUGCUUAGAACAAGAGUUCUCAAUUUUAGAGCUAAAAAGAGAGCCCAAAAGGCUCUUAGUAAUGGCACUAUGUAGUUUAAGGUUCUUGUAUCUCAAUGUAUUAUGUAAUAUAAUUAUUUAUUCUUA